CACACACACACACGCUCUCUCUUAGGUUUCUUUUGUUUUUAUUGUAUUAUUCUCUUGUGCAACAGGGGGCGGGAGAAGCAAAGGGUGGCCUUGAUUUUUUCUCUUUAGCAUUUUAAACACACACAGAGUGUUUGGGAGAGAGAGCAAGAGAGAGCGAGAGAGCUGGUCCUUAGGACUGUGAGUUGCUACCUCCACAUGCCUGAGCCAGCAGACAAAGCAAGCGCGGAUGAAGUUGAUACAGUUACCCUGGGGGUCGCCGUUUCCUCCUUGGGUCAGAGGAAUCACAGAGACUCCCCUGCCCCCUGUCCGCUACUGAGCUGAAAAAUCUGUCUCUGGGAUAUAACCUGCUGCUCUUGAAUUUCCUCCUCUCCUCCCUGCCUCACUCUGCUUCUUCCUCCCACCUUCCCGCCUCUCUUCAACACUGUCUGGACCAGAGCUGGAUUCUCAUGGACCUUCCAAGAUGUUCAUGUCCAGAAUCCUGGAUUUUCAGAAGACAAGAUAUGCCAGGUUUAUGAAUCACAGAGUCCCAUCCAACCGGAGAUACCAGCCAACAGAGUAUGAGCAUGCAGCUAACUGUGCCACACAUGCCUUCUGGAUCAUCCCCAGCAUUCUUGGCAGCUCCAUCCUCUGCGUCCUCUCAGAUGACCAGUGGGAGACCAUCUCAGCUUGGAUCUAUGGGUGUGGCUUGUCUGGCCUCUUCACUGUCUCCACCAUCUUUCACACCAUCUCCUGGAAGAAGAGACACCUCAGAACGGUGGAGCACUGCCUGCACAUGUUUGAUAGGAUGGUGAUCUACUUCUUCAUAGCAGCAUCUUAUGCCCCCUGGCUGAACCUACGGGAGUUGGGUCCUUGGGCCUCCCACAUGCGCUGGAUCAUCUGGAUCAUGGCCUCUAUCGGAACCAUCUAUGUCUUCUUCUUCCAUGAGCGGUACAAGCUGGUGGAGCUGGCAUGUUACGUUAUCAUGGGCGUCUUCCCUGCUCUGGUGAUCCUUUCGAUGCCGAACCGAGAUGGCCUCAUGGAGCUGAUGGCUGGCGGACUAUUUUACUGCCUGGGCACCGUCUUCUUCAAGAGCGACGGGCGCAUCCCCUUUGCCCAUGCCAUUUGGCACCUCUUCGUGGCAACUGGAGCAGGCAUCCACUACUAUGCCAUUUGGCGGUACCUCUACCGGCCGGACACGCUGCAGGCCAAGAUGUCCAGAUAGGCAUCCGACAGACACGGAGCACGCCAUUUGGUGCUUGGGGGGAGAUUUUCCAAGGAGCUUGGCCGGAAAGCCAUUCCCAAGGCCCGCUCCCCUGAUGGGAGGGAGCCUCUAAUGUUCCUCUCCAUCUAGUCUCGUGCAGACGGAAGAGCCUGAAAGGUUUAUUUUAAACUGAUUUUAACCUUGUAUAGUGUUUGGUUGCUAGGCAAAGGUUACCUAACAAAACGAACAAUUCAUGGGGUUGUUGGGAGAGCAGACCAACCCAAACAGGGCAUUGGGGAGCUUUGUGCUAAGGCUUUGUUUACGCGGUCCUGAGCAACCUCGAAACCUGCAAACCCCUCAUCCAAAUGGGGGUCCUGAGCCCACAGGAGCCUGGCCUGGUCCCUGGCAGCUCUCAAGGAGAGAGGCUGCCCUUAGAGAGCAGCAGUUAGCUCCAGGAGGGACUUUGAAGGCGGCUGAUGCAUGAAGGUGGCUAGGAAAAAUGGACAUUUGACACUAGCACCAGGAUCAGAGCAAUAACGCACCAGGUUUGUUUCCCAUCCUAACGAGACUCCAUUAGUGGAUAGUUAAGUGGACAACUUCUUAAGCAAGUCUUGAUUCUGCCUAGAAAGGAGAGCAGUCAGUCAGACCUCAUAAGAAUCAAUCAUGUCUGUCAUCGAAUGGGGCUUUUUAUAGGGCAGAUUCUUUAAAGGGCUACCUCCCUACCCCUCUUGCUCCCGCUAGACAACUAACUUGGGGUCAAGCAGGCUCAGGUAGCCAGCCGCAGAUGAGCAAGGUGAACCUGAGCGUGGUUUAACCAGGGAUAGUUAAGAUCACACUUCCCCGACCCACAGAGUUCUGGAGGCAGAGAGAAGGGCUGGGAAAGAAGUUUGGGGUUUGGCCAGUCUCCAGCUGCAGCAUAAAAUCUUAGGUCAGGGCCUGACUGAGAUCCCAGGGGUGGGGCUGGGAUGCGAAGGGAGCUGCUUCCUAGAAUGAGUUACCACUUGUGGACCACGUUGAGCUCUGGAUGGGAAGUUACAGGCACUGGGGUGUAUUCCCUUUUGUAAUACCGCUGCUAGCAUAGGCAACUUGUGGUAGCUCUCUGCACCCCUCCCCCCCCCCCAUCCUGUGCUCUCACCAAAAAGUUAAUUGGGAAAUGGGGUGUCUCCUCAGGCCCCCUCCCUGUUCUUAUGGGUGGCCCUUCCUGCACCCCCAUCCCGCACAAGCACCAGUUGCCUAUGGCUGCCAGUGUCUCAGUCAGCCAAAAAAUGAACAGCACUGGGCAUCCCUAGGUGUCUAUAGAGAUCCUUAUUUCCAUGUAUGGUGAGCUGGGAGGUUUCACACAUGUUUUCCCUGACUAUCCCUGUGCCCAGCUCAUUACUGUAUCCAGAGGAAACUGCUCCCAUUUGGGGCUUUCCUCACUCUUGUUCCCAGGCAGAGAUUUCGGGGUGUACGUCUGGGCAGUGCAAAGAGGCCCAUGCCAGCAAGCCUCAGACUCUGGGAUGACUGACUUGGAGUUGUGCUGCAGGGUUAGUUUUUAAAGUGCUGCAUAGUCCUGUCUUUUGUUUCAGCAAGAUCAGACGAACACGGCUACAUCUCUAUUACUACCUAGCAGUGUAGAGGGUCAGGUGUGGGGUGGAGUCUGGCUCGGGGGCGGGGAGGUCUCAGAGCCCAGGCUCCGGACCCAGCUCAGAUGUCUACACUGCUAUUCUUAGCCCAGUCUCUCCAGCCCUGUUAGUGGAAUCUGGCUGUGAGACUUGCUUCAGGGAUACCCUGAAUGAUUCCCACAGGACCCUCUACUUCCUCAAUAGCCCAAAGAAAGGCUAUGUGUAUGCAAAGGUGUCUGCACUUCUCUUCUCUCCCUCUGCUGCUGGGCGAGGAUCCCUUGUAUCACCACAGAAUCUCUGGCUGAUAAGAAGGUGUCCAAAUGCACAUGGUCAGCAUGUGAGAAUAGUGAGCUAAGCACCAGCAGUGUCCAGUGGUUUCUACUGGUUGCCUUGCACUUAGCAUGUUGGAAAAUCUGUGUUGUUUAAGGCUUCAGUCUGCAACAAACAGGGUGGGGAGAAGAGGUAACUUGGGUGCAAGGGCCUUGAGAAAUCCGUUCAGUGGUGACCCCAAAUUCCAGGGGUGUCUCCUGGCUGGGGUAAGUCUUUGACAUCCAGGCUCUGGGAUUUCGUUUUUGCCCUGACUCCCAGGCCUGAGUUACAGCAGGGAGAUAGGAGAAAGCAGCAGUGAAAAUAACUUAGAAUUUCUUACAGGCAGGGUACAUCUACACAGCAGCCUUAUUUCAGAAUAACGGAUGUUAUUCUGAAAUAACAAGGUGUGUGUCUACACACAAGCAAUUAUUUUGACAUAAUGUCGAAAUAAUGUCUCGCCGGAGGACUUCUUAGUCCGACUCCUGUAACCCUCAUUUUACGAGGAUUAAGGGAAGUCAGAGGCAGAGUGCUCUAUUCCGAAAUAAGUGCUGUGUAGACGUGCCCAAAUUCGAAACACGCUAUUUCCACGUAAGCUACACAAUUAGCGUAGCUCAGGUUGCAUUGCUUAUUUCAAGCGUAGCCCUGCUGUGUAGAUGUACCCGUACUGUCCUAUUAUAGCCCGGGUCCCUGUCAGCUCUUUAAAUAGCUCCCUGCUGGCUUUGCCGCAGCUCAGCCGGUUCUUACUGGACCUGCGCACUAGGGUGCACCUGCCUACUUUUACCUCUGGGAGAGACUUUCACUAACAGAACCAGGGCAGGCCUGGAAGCCUUCUGUUUCUCCCCAGGUUUUCAGGUUUGUUUUAAGUGUUUAAUCAGAUCAUAGACAAUUCCUGAAAUCCCCUGUCUCUAAAUGCUGGCGAAUGUUAACGCUUCAGACAGUAUAUGUAACAAAAGACACAAGCCUCAGAGCGAUGUCCCAGGCUCUGGAAUGGAGACGGCUAUUCCAGCAGCUCAUCUGCGCUCCCCAGAACUCUGCAAUCCAAAGACCAGCUGAACGGAUAAGCUCCUAGCUGGAGUGGUCUCUUUUCUGCUGGGCUCUCUGCAGUUGCAAUACCUCAACUGGCCACAUGUGGUGGAGGCGGCAGCAUUGAGUUGGGACCCCCAAGCUCCAGACUGACACAGCUUGAACGAUAUGAUAUAUAAAAGCACUUUGUGACUGGAGGGACCAGAGUCAACAAAGCCUUACAGGUGACUGAAACUUGAAUCUAGUCCAGGACUCCCUAGAGUCCCUGAGCACUGGAAAACCUUGUGAACAAGCCAGUAUUAAGCAUACAGCUCUAUACAUUCCUUAUAGAUGAGUGUUCAGACAUUUCGUACAUGAUGCACUUUGAUUUCCUUUCCAUCUUCAUUCCCAGCUGUGGUUCAAAAGCAAGAUCCCCAUUCAUGGUGUUUACCGUUGGUGUGCCUUUGCCUAGCAGAGGGAAGAAAAUGACUCUGGUUCCAUCUCUCCAGCUAGCAGGAUUCCGAUUCACUCUAUAUCCAUUUUUUUUCAAACGAGGAGAGUAAACCUGCUAGAAUAAUCUUGAAAAUGUGGAUUAGAAUUCAGGGGGCUUUGUGUCUCUUCUGUGUGCUGCACGCACUCAGUAGACUCCAGGCUGCACUGGGCUUAGCAACGCUCUUGAUGGUUGUCAACAGCCUAGAUUUGGAACGAUUUUUAGGAGAGUAUUUACCACUCCAAACCCCAUGUGUGAGGCAGUCUUCCAUUUAGCAUGCUGGGAGUGUGAUGAGAGGAGAGCUGGGUCAUAAUGAUGCUAUAAUUGUGGACAGCUAAUUGAACAGGAAAGUCCUAAAGAAGUUGCCAGUGUGGGAAACUACUGUAUGGCUGGAGCUCCACUUAACACAAUGCAUGGUGCUGAUCCCUUAUAAAGCAUACAUCUGGGAGUAGGAAUGGAGGUGGGAGAGGGGCAGUCAGGAGGAGCUGUCUGCCUGUUGAGGCUAAGGAUUUCACUUAGCGUGAGUGUUGAUAUUCUGCCAAUGAUUGGAUGUGGCCUUGUAUCUGUGGUGGGUUCAGAUCAGCUUGCAAGAUUCUUUAUCCAGUUCUUUGGGCCACCGUAAGCACAUAGAAUAUACAUUCCAUUUCCCACCUCUCUGAUCAGUGUCUGCAUGUUGCUGCUAUUUGUUCAGUCUCCCACCAGAACUUCAACUCCCAAGCCAUUAACCUGACUCCCAGCAGAUACGAAAUAUAUAUAUAUAAAAUCAGUGAGAGCUAGUGCAAGGCCAGGUCUACACUUGCCCAGAGAGCAAUUCUCUGGAGAUUGAUCUCCCAGGGUUUGAUUUAGUGGAUCUAGUAAGGACCUGCUAAAUCAACUGCUGAUGGUGCCCCCAUCGACCCCAGUACUCCACGGUGUUGCGAAAAGUAAGGGAAGUUGACAGGAGAGUUUCUCCCAUCAACCUUCUGCAGUGGGGACGCCACAGAAAUUUGACUUAAGGUACAUCGAAUCCAGCUAGCUAUUCUCAUAGCUGGAGUUGUGUAUCUUAGUUCGACUUUCUUGCAUCGUGUAGACUCGGUCUGAGUCUGUUUACCUCACUCCUAGCUGCUGUGUAGACAUCUCCUCUCUUAGCUCACUUGUUCUGCCAGCAGGGCAGAGUCCAAACCAGAUCCCCAUGAGCAGUCUCUGUCAGGCCGUUGCUGGAGACAGGCCUCCAAUCAGGUCUCCUGCUUUGUCUGACCCAAGUAUCUCUGCAUCCAAGCUGAUCCUACAGCCAGUGCCAGGGGUUUUAUCUCCAUUGGAGAGACAUGUAAUAUACUCAAAACAAAGGCACUGUGGUCUUGUGGUUACCAAAGAGACUGGGAGUCAGGAUUCCUGGGUCCAACACACAUCUCUGUCACUAACCUUGGGCAAGUCACUUAAUCUCUUUGUACCUCAGUUUGUCCAUCUGUAAAAUCAGGAUGCUAUUUACCUGCCAUGCAGGAUUGUCAGAAAGUAAUUGAGAGCCUUGGAUGCAAGUAUUAUAGACGCGCGCAGUAUCAGUGUUACCACAGAAGCAUUGCAACUCAGCCCCCUCUUCCAAAGGACAAAACUAUCUUUAUUGUCACUGUUGACCAAAUUGUCAUGGGGAAUUUGUAUGCCAAGCAGUAGAGGUUGAAAAACUGUCCUAAGUGUACAAUCUACUUGUCUGCAGAUGCCAGUUUGCAUGUACACAAGAAGGCUAUGUCUACACUACAGAGGUUUUUUUUGGAAAAAGGGCUGUUUUUCCAAAAUAACUUGUGGAGCAUCCACACCUCAAGCACGUUUUUGUGCAAAAAAAUUAAAAGAAAGAGGGGGUUUU